AUGGAAGAGCUCGUCAGAGGCUUCAUCCGUGUACAGCGAGGGCUGACACCGGGUCCUUGGGAAGUUGUGGACGCUAUACAGGUACUUUAUUCCGGAGGCAAUGCCACGUACCUCGCACCAGAAAUCCAACUUGGCGUGCUCGACCUCCCACCGGCCAACCAGCAGCAGGAGAACAUCGCUGCGGUGACGUCGUCGAGCAAAGCAGAGCUGCUCCGCAAGGCCGUCAAUGCACCAGACGCACUCACAGACGGAGAAAUAAAGAUACUCAAAGCUCGCUAUUGGUCCGACGUGUCGUUGGCUGAGGAGGCCAUCCGCGACAACGGUGAAAGUGCUUUGUUGGCCGUGUCCGAGGAUCACGGCGCCAAACCACUGAUGGCAAUAGCAGAAGCUGCUAUGGAGGAGUGGCGGCGAAGAAUGGCAGGCUGGAAGCAAGAGCGUGCCACUGCGCGAGAUGAGGAACAUUCUAAAGCACAAGGCUGGGUACGACGGCUAUGGGACGAGGAACGUGGAGAGCGUUCCUGGGGAUAUGCUGCAUACAUGGAUCCAGCUGCCACCCCUACGCCCGAGGAUCGCGAAGAAUAUUUCGGUCGACAGGACGCGCUGCUGUUCGGUGGAAAACUUGCCAUUGGUUGCGGGCCUCUACUGUCUGCACAAUGGACGAUGCAAUAUCUCCCUUGGCCAACAAUGGCUGUAGCCGAAGGGCCUGGAUCUGAAGAGGACGUCAAGCAAAGCCACGGCGACGAAUCAUCACCCGGCAAGCUCGAACUGCUACGACAAGACUUUCGAGAGGCCCGAGACCGGCCUCCGGGUUCAGGCAAGUAUUCCUACCAAAACAUGCUGCAGCCCGGUUUAGUUGAUGGCAUACAGAGAAAUGUCUUUCUGGUCAUAGACAAAGCAUCGGCGAGCACACUAAUACCCACCCGAGCAAGCCGUGCAGAUUACGUCUGGAUAUGGGCUGUCGAUCCAGAUUUUCAAUCAUCCGCUGACGACUCCUCGGGCAGAGCGUCGCGAGGUAGCGCACAGCCGGUCUACGCGGGAUAUCUACGAGUGCGGCUUCAGCAGUUAGUCAACAGUUUUUUCGAAUCCCGCCGCUUCCGCGCGGAGGAGAUCUCGAUGGAGGAUCUCUGGCGAGCGGCACAAGGAAGCUACGUUAGCACGGCUUCUAUACUCAGAGUGCCUGGUGUCAGAGAGGAAGACAGCACCGUUUCAAGACUCUCCGAAUGGAGUGAUGGCCAUAGUUUCGUGUCGUUGAAGAAGAAGGAUUGGAAUGACAAUGCUGGAAAUCGAGACGUCGGAGCUGCGAUGAGGCUUGAUAGUACUGGCUUAUCCGGUUAG